UCAUUUUCACUGCAAAACUACAAUAAAAAUCAUUUUUCUUUCAUGGGUCUUGUCCUAAAAGGUUGAAAAGAAUCAUUUUCUACAUUAUUGGUCAGUGUAAUUGUUGGUAUAUAGUGAUUCAAGUGCGGAAAAGCAUAUUGCAAAAUGCCUCGCGUCAAUUACACCAGAACGGAUCGGAUAGCCCAAAUGUCGAAACAGGAGCAACUCAUUGCUCAGAAACGGCAGCAAAUAUUGGAAAAACAGCGGACAUUGCAGAUGGCUAAGCAGAUUGCAGCUGAAGCUUCCAAAAAUAGCACUGGGGUGAAUGACGAAGAACCUGACAAGUCGGGUGGACUUAAAAUACCGUUUAGCAAUGACGGAUCGUUUUUAGAAAAUUUCAAAAAACUUAGCGAAAAACUAGCCAAAACGACCGAGGAGCAAAAUAAACGACCAGCGGAAGACGAAGCGUUUAAUAGUGAGAAGAAAGUCAAAACGGAAGAGGCUGUUCUUAUUCCGAUUCCUCCUCCUCCUCCGCCACCUCCUGCUCCUCCAACUCCUCCGGUUUCUGUUGCCGUCUCGACUGUGCUACCGAUGGAGAUGUCAUAUGCCACAUACUACAAUAUGUCUCAGCUACCAACCGUCAUGCCUCUUCUGCAAGCGGCUGUUCCGUUGCCCCCGUCAAUACCGGAUGUCAGCCAAAUAGAAUCAGUUCAAUCGCUACCAGUAGCGAGCACGAGCGUAGAGCCAGUUCACGCGAUGCCAGAAACUCCCGAGCAAGUACCGGAAGUUGGAGCCAAUUGUAAAGUAUUUUCAGAGAAUGAUAAAUUACCAACAACAGUUGAAGAGUUAGUUGAAUUGGUUGCCGAUAUCGGUGAUGUUUAUGAAGAAAAAUUAAGUUCACGUAAAAAUGAAUUACAUCCAUCGCUUUGGUUCUUAUUUGACAAACAAUCAGAGGCUUACAGGAACUAUCGACACAUGAUUGUAGCUAGGCUAUUUAAAACGGCUGGUAUUGAGCAUGCCUUACCAACGGCGCAGUCUUUUGAAGCAAGUAAUGCUCCAGCCACAGACGAUUCCAAGUAUGAUCCGGCUGACGUUCUCGAUGACACGAAUAUCGAUGAAGAUUUCCAUCCAUUCGCGCAACAGCAAAAGCGGGAUCAACUGGACGGAAACGACAUACCAAUUCAAAUGCAGCCAAAUUAUUACGGUGAUGAGCGACAUUUCUAUGACGACAAAUCCACGACGGAAACCGAUUCCGAUACGGAAUAUGUUCGUGAAGCUCGCAAAAGAAAUUUGAAAAACCUUAAGCACAAGACAAUGACUGCUGGAAAUAUGCGCGAAGAAAGCUCCUCGGAUUCGGACGAUCAAUUCAACGAAUCUUCAGACGGAAAGAUGGAAGCGUUAAGUGAUAAGUCAUCUGGAAAUAGUGGUGGUAGAACAGCUCGUCAAAAGCACAAGAAAAAAACCAGAUGGGGUGACCAAACGGAUGGUGCUGAAAUGCCCAGUGCAGCAAGCGAAUGCAAGGAUAGUAGCGCAAUCACCAUUUCUGAACUAUCCUCUAAUGCAUAUGGCGGGCAAAUGCAGCAGCAAAAUUCCAGAUCGAAUCCGGGGUUUUUGCAGUUUGUUUUCCAGAGCUUCGAUACGGUGGAAGUUAGCCCAGAAAGCUGGAAAAAGGCGGAAGAACAUUUUAGAAUCCGUCUACUGUAUGAAGACAUGUCAAAUAAAAUACAGAAACAUGAGAGGUCUACUAGUAAUCGACUAAUGAGUGGAAAUAAUCGAAUGCAGAAUGAUGCUGAGGAAGAUUUACGAUUAAAUUCUGAAAAGAUGAAAGCUGUACUGCUAUGGAUUAACGAAAUCACCAGCUUUUAUGAGCGAUCUGGUUCCCCAAGACUGGAAGAUUUUCUGUUACGUGAUGAGUUUGAAAAUUUAAUGAAUAAAUUUCAGAGGACAAAUGAUUGCAUGCCAAAUUUUGAUGAUUAUAAAAAGUUCAAACUCGAGCAAGCAAAAAUUGUUUCCACCAAUUCGAGAGGAGAGUACACUUCAUCGGAUUCGGAUUUUAAGAACAAGAGCACAGUACUGAAUGAAGUCAAUCGCCACAGCACUAUUCAGGACGACACCGAUAAGAACAUCAAGCGUCGAAAAAGUCGCUGGGGCGAUCAGGUUCCUCCUGUUCAAACAACACAACUUCCAGUUGUUGUUGCCAGUACUAGCACUACAGUUGCAGCUGUACCUUCCAAUCCAUCCCAAAUCCCGGGUACAUCUAGCACCAACUUCAACACCCCAACGCUGACUGGUGCAAGCCGUACCGAUCCGGCUUUAUUAGCGUACGUGCGACAAAAUUUUGGCAGUACGAACCUGUCAGAAGAAGACUGGAAAAAGGCAGAAGAUCAUUACAAGAUCAAUCUGCUUUACCAGGAUAUGCUCAAAAAGCGACAGGAAAUCGAUAGGUUAGCUGCUGGUGGAAAGUUUAAGUACGAAUAUGAUUCUGAUGAAGAUACAACCGGAGGUACGUGGGAACAUAAACUUCGCUCACAAGAAAUGGAAGCCACUCAACUUUGGGCAAAUGAGCUAACAAAGAAAUCGGAAGGAAAGCACCACAUAGGAGACUUUCUUCCUCCGGAGGAGUUGCGUAAAUUUAUGGAAAAAUACGACGCACAGAAGAACAACCGCCAACCCAAUCUUAGUGAUUAUAAAGAAUAUAAGUUGAAAGAGGAUAACGUUGGUUUUCAGAUGUUGCAAAAACUUGGAUGGAAAGAGGGACAAGGAUUAGGAGCAGAUGGCAGCGGAAUUGUUGAUCCAAUUAACAAAGCAUCGCAACGUGAUAGCAAUCAAGGUUUGGGAACUAUUUCAGCGGAUAAUCCUGAAGUUGACGAUAACGAAUACGACGCUUAUCGUAAACGUAUGAUGUUGGCAUACCGAUUUCGACCGAAUCCAUUGAAUAAUCCCCGCAGGGCAUAUUAUUAAAUUAAAUCCUCACAUACAGCGGAAUUGUGUGCGGGGUACAGCACCGCAAACUGAUCACAGAGAAAGGUGCGAAAAAUAUUAAAAACAAUAAUCCUUGCUUAAUGGCACAGUGGAAUGCUCAAUUAAAUUGCUUUCAAUUGAUUUCGGGCAUCGCGUGAUGGCAUUUUCACUUUCUCCUCCUGAAUUACCGGUGGUGUAACCAACGGGCGUGAAUGUUUAAAUACCUACCAACUAUUUAAUGUUGUGAAAAUUUGUUCUUUAUUCAAGAUCAGCAGCGUUGUAGUGUAGA